CCUCUCUUCCAUUUUCCUGUGAGGAAGUUCCUCUUUGGCAGAAUUCUUGGGGUGAUAUCCGUAUCAUUCUCCCUCUUCCCACCUGUAAAUGCUAUGCCAACAAAGAACGGCUUCACUCCGCAUGUUCUGAGAGACGAUGUUGAGUUGAUGUUGAGCCGGCUGGCGUGGUACGACUGAAACGCAAUCCGUCCUGCAAGCGCAGGCGUUUACCAAGAACAGAGUUGCAGCACGCUGGCCAUGUUCCUGUACUUGCUGGUCUCCGCGGCGUAUCACAGCAGCAGAUGGUUACCAAGGACUCAGAGGUUAAAGUUUCAAAUAGUGAACGUGGUGUUCAUCCUUGUGGUCCUGAUCCCUCAGAUCUACAUCAUGGCAAGGCCAAAAUCCUCCAGAUACUGCAAACAGCCUCUUCUGAUCAACUUGUGUGUCUCUGUGGCUUUGUCCUUCAUUGCUUCAGGUUUUUCUCUGCUGUUCACCCUCUUGGAUCCAGUUCCUCAGAGUCUGUGGGCUUCAUUCCACUUGUUUGGUCUCCUGUCAUGUGGACUUGGACUCAGCACUUCCAUCCUGACUCUCACAGCAGCAGAAUGUGUCAAAAGCACUCCCGAGCUUUACCACAUGUCGGCGGCUCUGACAGUCGCCUCUGCCGUCAGUGCAGGCGUUCUGCUGCUGAGAGGAGGACUGUGGUUAAGCAACAGGCGGCCCGCGGCGCAGACGGGCUGAUAAACCCCCCCGCAGCUGUCCCCCACGCUGACAUCCAAUAGCCCGCAUUUCAACUAUUCAUGAGCUUUGUGCGCCGGCAGCAGCCGGUAACUUUAGACCACGAGGAAAACUGUAAAAAUGACUUCAUCCAUCCACGGUUUGUUCCACAGAAGCAGGUGUGCUGGUGGUUGCAGUUUCCAUGACAUGAGCUUGUAAAAAACAGUGAACAUAAAGUUUACAUUUAACUACAACACGUAAUAAGAACACUAAAAAAAAGAUCUAUCUCUACCAAAAAAAUAAUAGAUUUUGUCAAGACAGUCAAACCAAAAGAUGUUUUGGUUGAAAAAUGUCAAAAAUUCUGCCUUUAUAACUGUCGUUUUGGAAUGGAGAUCCAUAAAGUGAAGUUUCUAGACCCGGGGUCUGCAACCUUCAACACUUAAAGAGCGGAUUUCUUACUGACCACAAUGUCUGACUUCAACCUUUAGAAAAAAAGAGAUUUGCGUCCAAGUUAAUGUUACUAUUUUAAUCAGAGCCGACCCUAGGCAAAGGUGAGCUAGGCGGCCGCCUAGGGCCCAAAAUUUCAAUUAUUUAUUUAUUUUUUAUUUAUUUUACAGUCUGACACAUCACUUAUUUUUGUGUUAAAAGUUAAAAAUGCAAUUACUAAAACCAUAAAUAAAAUAACUCAAAAGUUUGACAUCACUUGCCAGAUGCUGCGCCCCUCCUUACUCCUGUCGAAGCUUGAUGGAGGGAAGGAGGGGGAGGGGCACGCGGUGUGGUCGCUGCUUCUUUAAAACUUUAAGGACGUAAAAGCAGUAAAAGAAGCCCCCAGGGACAGCUUUAAGGUCAAAAAAGUAAGGAAGAGGAGGAAAAAACAGACUCAAAGCAGAGGUUUGUCUGUCUUAUUUACAUUCAUUUGUGUGGAAAUUCGCUGGGCUGAUUUUCAUAUACAGUUGUUUUCAGCAUAAAGGAAACACACAUAAUGAGAAAAUACUUUUAUUAAAUACUACUACUUUUAACAGAGUCACCUCUGUUCAUGACUCCCUUUCAAAAUAAAAGACUCCCUGUGUCACUAGAGGUGUGCCAAAAUAUUGAUAUUGCGAUAUAUCGUGAUAUUUAGUCCAACGAUUGAUUCUCGAUGGGUUCUCACCAAGUAUCGAUCUUUUAUUUUCGUUUGAAGAGGCUGUAAAACGUUACAUUCGUCAUCCUUUGAUGAGACAUUCCAUUGGAGGUAGAUAGUGGCGCGUGUUGUAAGACUGACUGUAAGACAGACAAUUGUCCCUGGCAGAUACUUUAAUUAUUUAUUUUUGUUCUGUUUUUCACAAAAAUUUUGCACUAAGUAGUGGCACUGCUGUUCCUGUUUACAAUUAUUAACACUGAAUUUUACAGAUAAAUCAAAUUCAAUUGGUGUCAAUGCUCGUCAAAGACAUAGCAUCACUGAUUUGCACAAAAGUGUGUUGCACAAAAUAAGACAAAAGUUGUUUAUUAUGAUUGUGUUCAAGCUAAAAAAAAUGGGGAUAUAUUUUACCCUAAAAAAGGUGAGUUAUUAGAGACACUUUUGACUAAUUAUCACAGUAUCGCGAUGUUAUCGAUAUUGUGGGACAUGUAUCGUAUCAUGAGGUACCCAGUGAUUUCCAGCCCUAUGUGUCACAUUGGAUCAUCUCAAUGCUUCAAAUGUACAAGUACGCGAUUAAACAGUGAUUAUGUGGUGCAGCUCAGUCAGAAAUUUGUAAUUCUAACAAUCCAAAAUCAAAUCAAUUAAUUGACUUGUACUGUAUUUUACAAACCAUUAGGCACAGUCAAAAUCCCCUUGAAUUUAUUCAAAAAUAGAAAAUCUGCUGUGACUUAAUUCUGGUUGUGUUUUUAUUCUUCAUUAACCAGAGAGCCACAACAAAUGAGUAAAAGAACCACAUAUGGGUUGCAGACCCCCGUUCUAGAUGUAAAUGUUGUCAUAAAAUGCAACAUUUGUGAUUUAAAAUGUGGCCAAAACACAACAGAUCCAUAAACUCUGAAUAAAAAAGACAUUUUCUGGUUGGUGGUGUUUUAUAAAGUAACUGGAGCUGAAUGAUUGGAGCAAAGUGCUUGUAGGAGAUAGAGUAGACCUUCCUAGCUUCUGCUUUUUACAGGAAACAUGUAGAUUUUUUUUAAAAUAUUGGGAAGGAUCAGCACUUUCACAGCCACUGUCUGGACUUUUCCUAAAUGAGAAAUAAAAGUUUAGCUUUCAGGGAUUCCCUGUUUGAUGCUGAAGCCACUGAACUAAAAAGGGAAAAAAAAGGCCUAAACUACAACUUGUGGGAGCUCAGGAGUGCACUCUUGUGGUAAAAAGUGUUAAAUAUUUACAAGUCUCAAUGAAUAUGUUGUUUUUAGUAUUUUUAACAUUUUCUUAUGAUAUUUUUCUGAUCUUGGAGGACAUAUCUAAAGAAAAUAUACAGCAGCUUGCCAAAAUAUUAGCUAAAUGCCAAACCCCCCCCCCCCAAAAAAAAGAAAAAAUGUCAGGUUUUACCAAAACAGCUAGCAUAAUGCUAAAAUAUUAGCUAGACUCCAAAUUAGCCUAAAAGCCCUGUAGAUACUAAUCAUUUUAAAGUUUGAAUGGUGUCUCCAGCUGAAAGUAUAUGCAGAAGUUCAUGGGUUUCAAAAAGUGUGAAAGUAUUUGACCAAUUUCUCAUUCGUUCCCUAUGCGGCAUAUUUUGCUCAAAGUUUCAAAAACUAUAAAGUUUUUGAAUUCCAAAAGUACAAGCAGUGACGUCCUGAAUGAGUUGCACUAUUUGAUACCAAAAUUGCCGGAUCCGGCCCACCAUGUCGCUUUGUUUUAUAGUUGUUGAUGUCCCGAUGUUAUCUUGCGCUUAUUGUAUCAUUUUGACAAAAUAUAUUUUUAUG